AUGUCCGAACGAAAAGUUUUAAAUAAAUACUACCCGCCGGACUUCGAUCCAUCGAAGAUCCCCCGCAUGAAGUUGCCCAAAAACAGGCAAUACACAGUGCGACUGAUGGCCCCUUUUAACAUGAGAUGCGCCACUUGCGGCGAAUACAUAUACAAAGGAAAGAAGUUCAACGCCAGGAAAGAGGACGUGGAAAACCAGGACUACCUCGGCAUCCGAAUAUACAGGUUCUACAUAAAAUGUACGAGGUGUUUGCAGGAGAUUUCGUUCAAAACCGAUCCCCGGAACACCGAUUACGAAAUCGAAGCGGGCGCCACGCGGAACUUCAUGGCUCUGAAGCUGGCCGAAGAGCAGGCCAUUAGGGAAGAAGAGGAGGCCAAGGAGGAGGAAGCCAACAAUCCCAUGAAGCUGUUGGAGAAUCGCACGAAGCAGUCCAAAAACGAAAUCGAACUGCUCGAGUCGCUCGAAGAGCUGAAGGACUUGAACAAGAGGCAACAGGUGGUCGAUUACGACACGAUGCUGUUGGCCUACGAUACGAGCAUAAGCCAAAGGGAACGCGAGGAAAAGCUGCAGCAACUGGACGAAGAAUACAUCAAGACCGUGCAAUUUUCCAACAAAUCGAAGAGAAAACUGGUAGCGGAAGAGGAAGUCAUUGAAGUCAUCGAACCGGAGCAGAAGCUCCCCAAGCCGGACUGUUCCAAUUCCAAACCGACAUCAUCGAUGUGGACUAAAAACGAAACGACUGUAACAAAGAAAAAAUCUUUAUUAGGUCUAGUCAAAACCAGUAAAGACAAAGUAAACAAGUGCUCAGAUCCUCCUCGAACGGCCACGGCCGGUCUAUCUCUUCUAUCGGCUUACUCGGACAGCGAAAAUAGUGAUUAA